GCGACGCGACGAAACAGCGCAGAUCGCUUGGCCAAUUAUAAUGGCAGCGUUGUAGUUUUGACGCGUCGCGUCUCUCGCAGUUUACAGCACAGCAACAAGCUCGAGCUGCACAACCGGUUAGACGCCUCCAAACCCGGAAGACGCGCGUGUAAAGGGAUGGGAAAGAUCUCUCUUCAUUUCACUUGAUCAAACUUUACUAAAAUUCACAAAACUUGGACUCCUGUCAGUCACUUCUGGUCACACAACAGCUUUGAUAAGGAUGGCAGCGUCCGCGAUCUUCAUCCUGGACCUUAAAGGCAAGGUGCUCAUAUGUCGAAACUACAUGGGUAAUGUGGACAUGAGUGAGAUCGACAACUUUAUGCCCAUAAUGAUGAAGAGAGAGGAAGAUGCAGAUUUGUCACCAGUGGUUAUUCACGGCUCUACCCACUACCUCUGGAUAAAGCAUAGCAACCUCUACUUGGUUGCAAUAACAAAGAGGAAUACCAACGCUGCUCUUGUAUACUCCUUCCUGUACAAAUUAGUGGAGGUGUUCAUUGAAUAUUUCAAGUCACUGGAAGAAGAGAGUAUUCGAGACAAUUUUGUGACCGUAUAUGAGCUAAUGGAUGAAGUCAUGGACUUUGGAUUCCCUCAGACCACUGACAGCAAGAUCUUACUAGAGUACAUCACCCAACAGGGGCAUAAACUGGAGGUGGGAGCGCCACGACCCCCGGCUACAGUAACCAAUGCUGUGUCUUGGAGGUCAGAAGGCAUAAAAUAUAGAAAAAAUGAAGUCUUCAUGGAUGUCAUUGAGUCUGUCAACCUAUUGGUCAGUGCUACAGGCAGUGUCCUGCGUAGCGAGAUUCUGGGCUGCAUCAAAAUCAAUGUCGUUCUGUCAGGCAUGCCUGAGUUAAGGCUUGGACUCAAUGACAAAGUUCUCUUCGAGAUCACAGGCCGUGAAGACAACUAUGCAGUGAAGCCUCUAAUAUGGAUUGAGAGCGUAAUAGAGAAGUUCUCUCACAGUCGAGUAGAGAUCAAGGUUAAGGCCCGCAGUCAGUUCAAGAGCCGCUCCACUGCCAACAAUGUGUCCAUCUUAGUGCCUGUUCCUAGUGACGCUGACUCCCCCAAAUUUAAGACCACCACGGGCCAGGCUAAAUGGCUUCCUGAGAAGAGUGCUGUAGAAUGGAACAUUAAGUCCUUCCCUGGUGGGAAAGAGUUCAUGAUGCGAGCUCAUUUUGGACUGCCAAGUGUGGAAAGUGGUGAACUCGAGGCCAAGCGACCAAUCACAGUAAAGUUUGAGAUUCCUUACUUCACAGUGUCAGGCAUUCAGGUGCGAUACUUGAAGAUUAUCGAGAAGAGCGGAUAUCAGGCAUUACCGUGGGUGCGUUAUAUUACUCAGAGUGGAGAUUAUCAACUGAGGACCAACUGAGAGAGGACAGCACCUGUGUAUGUUGUGUGUUCUGUCUGUCCUUUUUCAUCUGUGAGACAGCUACUGCUUUUCACACAGCAGUUGGACUGCUAUUGCUUUUGUCUGAGAUCAGGUUUUACAAAUUAAACAAGGAAGUCAGAUCACAAAGUUACUGAGAAACCCCUAUGAAACAAUGGAUUUUGGGUUAUAAUCCAAAUGUCUUAUUACAGAAACGUCCUAGAAUCUACCUAUAUAUGUUCUAUUUAAAGAGAUAUUUUAACCCACACGUCGUUCCAAACCGAUCUGUAUUUCUUUGUUUUAUUUAAA